AUACCUUACUUUAAAAACUUAUUUUUUAUGCAAAAAAUACUGUACAAAAAGGCAAAAUUUUAAUGCGAGGAAUAAGUUUUGUGCGAAUGGAUAGCAAACAGACGGAGAAACUGAUUAAAGUGGACGAAGAGGUAGAAGAGCGGAAGAAAGAUGAAAAAAUAGUGGUUGAUAUACCGGACGCCACUGCUAACAGAAGGAGUCGAUUGAGGCCUAAAAGUGCCAGAAGUAUUCGGGGCAUGUUUAACGACGAGAACGUUCCCAAUGAAGAGGCCAUAUAUAAACUAAAUGAGAGGACUUGUUUCCAUAAGGUUAGGUCAUUGGAUAAGUUUGUUUGCCGUAAAUAUCACAUCGAUUUGGACACA